AUGCAUCGGUUAGUCGUUGUCUUACUGGUGUUAAUCGCAGUUACGAAUGGUCGAUUGUCUGUUUACCAUCGUCAUCAACAACACUUAUCGCUGAGAUCCGCUCGACAUCGGAUAUCUCCGUUGACUGGCGUUCGUAUUGCUUUGCCAACACCCGAGCAACUCGAAUGGCAAGCACAAGAAAUCGGUGUUUUAAUUCAUUUCAACAUGGCUACUUAUGUAGACAAUCAUGAUGGAUGUACAGGCGAUAUGGUUCCAUCUAUCUCACUGUUUAAUCCCUACAAAUUGAAUACAAAUAAUUGGGCACAAACAAUGAUCGAUCUCGGAGCGAAAUAUGCUGUAUUGGUAGCUAAACAUGCGUGUGGUUUUCUCAUGGCACCAACAAAUGUCACAUUUCCAUUGAGUCCAUCUGGUCGCAUUAUCCCAUACAAUUAUACAGUGGAUUAUUCACCUGUCAAAGGUGUUAAUGUCCUUGAUAAUUUUGUUAAGAGUUGCAAUAAACAGAAUAUAAGGCACGGGUUUUACUAUACUGUCGUUAAUAAUGAUUAUCUUAAUGUCAAACAGGGUUUGGUUCAAAAUACUACACUAAAAAAAGGACAAUUGAAUAUUACUCAACAGACGUAUGAUAGUAUUGUAUUACAACAAUUGAGAGAAUUAUGGACGAAUUAUGGUAAACUCGAUGAAAUCUGGUUUGAUGGAGGCUAUACUGCAGAGUUACACGAUUCGGUCGCUGCUCUAGUGAGCGAACUUCAACCUGAUUCUAUAAUAUUCGGUGGAUAUGGUGUAACAAGAAAUCCGAUUCGUUGGAUUGGUAACGAAUUUGGCCAUGCACCCGAUCCUACUUGGUCUACUGGUCUAGAAGGUGGUGGGGAUCCUAACAGUCCUAUUUUUAUACCAGCCGAAUGUGAUACAACACUUCAACAAUUCGAUCGAUGGUUUUGGGGUCCUCAUGUGUUACUUCGUAGUCUUACAGAAUUGAUUGAUGUUUAUCAUCGUUCAGUCGGUCAUAAUUGUAUGCUAAUGAUUGAUCUAACACCUGAUAGAACAGGUCUCAUUCCAUCUGCAUAUGCGCUUCGCUAUAAAGAAUUGGGCGACUUUAUUCGUGCAUGUUAUGGUACUUCUGUUGUACCUAUCUAUCGAAAUUCUUCAGCCGAUGGAAGAAUCCAUUUUCAAGUUUUUGACUCACCAGUGACUGUUGAUCGUUCAGUCGUUCAAGAAGAUCAAACGCUUGGUCAAGUUAUUCGCGUAUAUUCAAUAGAUGUACAAUUAGCUGAUUCAUCUAAUAAGGAUCAAUGGAAAUCUGUGGCAAGUGGCACCAGUAUUGGCAAUAAAAAGAUUGAUUUAUGGCAAGCAGGAUCGCAAAUGAUUACCGCUGUUCGAUUGAAUAUUACCGAAACAGUUGAUGUACCUGUGCUUAAAGCAUUUACCGUCCAUUUGUGUUCUUGA